UUUUAUCAAACGACAUUUCAAAUCAAUUCGGACACAGCAAAGCUUCUUCACCAUGACCAGAACUUUCGGAUCUUUUGCAAUCGACACCUUGAAGCUCUUCUUGAUCCACUGGGAGGCAUUCGAGCCACAUUACAGGCUCAAGAACAAGCCUACAGAUUGGCUAGCCUACGCCAUGUUCCCACUGUUCUGGACAACCUUCCGGUCGAUUACAUACCUCUUCUUUCACGCAGCUACGUGUCCAGUCCGUAAAGAAUAUGGAUGGAUGAUAGCGAAAAGAGAUAUUCUGCAAUAAUUGGCGAAUACGCCUAUCGAGGAACAAAUUGCCGAGUUUAGGCGACUUUGUAAGAAG